AUCCAAACACGGCCUUACCCGAACUAGAACAAACCUCAGUACGACUUCCAAAAAUAAAUAAAAGAAAAGUAUAACAAACCUCAGUACGAGAAAGAAAAGCGUACUUGUGAACUAAUAACUAACCAAAAAAGGAUAAUUUAGAGCAGGCUCACACUUAAAUUUAGAUUUUUCUUCAGAGUCAAAAUUCAACUCACAAACAAAAUUAAGCACACCGAUCAAACAAGUCAAAAUCCACGCUGCUCGAAAACCCUAUUCUUCGAAAACCCAGCGGAGCUUAAACAGGAAAGAAUGGGAGCCAAGUUCAACGAGCAUUUUACGCGUGUCGACACAUUAGAGCUCAGAGAUGUUAUCUACAACAGAAUCGGACAUCAAAGAGCCGACAAGUACUUCAAUAACCUAAACAGAUUCUUGAAUUUGAAACUAAGCAAGUGCGAUUUCGACAAAUGCUGCAUCGAAACGAUCGGUCGGGAAAACAUCUCUCUCCACAAUCGACUUAUCCGAUCCAUUGUUCAAAAUGCUUCUCAUGCCAAAACCCCACCUCAAAACCCUCGAAAAAUCGGAGUUAAGUUCCCGAACAGUUACAAGAAGAACUGCAUGCAAUCUCCUCUGAGUAGGAAACUACGAGAUCGCCCCAGCCCACUUGGCCCGUUUGGAAAAAGCCCUAGCACAUUAACGGUUGAAGAAACGUUUUCAAGAAUCGAUGAAGAAGGCGAAGAAGAGGUUAAUGGAGUCUCGAAUGUGAUUAGAUGGAGUUCUAUUGAAGCCCCUUUCGGGGUUCUUAACAAGCCUCGUAAAUCUGUUUCUUUUUACGGGAGUUGUAGACAUAGGGGUGAAUUGCCCGAAACGGAAACAUUGAGGGGCGUUUUGGAGAAGAACUUGGAAUCGGAAGGCAUUGGGAUUUCCUCGGAGGGUGCCGAUUGUUUGAACCGUGGUUUGGAUUCGUAUAUGAAGAGGAUAAUCGAGCGUUGUAUUGGUAUUGCCGGAUCAAGAAAUGUCAGUGUUGGGAGGCAAUCUAAUUUAUUACAGUUUGUUAAUAAUUACGCGAGUAUGGUGGAUUUUCGUGUUGCCGUGGAGUCGAAACCUUCUAUACUUGGGGAAGACCGGUCGGUUCAACUCGAAAAGAUCUGCAAUUUAUGACUUACAUUAAAACAAGUGAGUUUAUUGCAUCCAGUACCCCUUUAUUAUAUAAAUCCUCCUCGUCUUAUAAAUAUUAGCAAAAAAAACCCUUUAUAAUUCAUUUUUUUUUAAGUAUACAAUCUCCUAAAGAGUGAGUUUUUAGGGAGUAGUUUGCUUAAAAAACUUGAAUUAAAGGGGAGUUUUUGCCGAUAAAAUAACAUUGGGAGUUUUGUAGCAAUUAGAGAAAUCAAGAGGGGUGUCUGAAUGCAAUAAACCCUAUAUUAAACUAGAGAAUGUGGGAGUAACUUAUAGGAUGAAACUGAGCCAUUUUUGGCGUAGUAUUAUUCUUCGGAAGUAUCGGCUGCAGAAACGAGUCAACGGGUACUUUAGUUGGUAGAAAGGGAACACAUACAUAUACUGAUAUACUACACAUGCAAUUCUUUUUACACAUUUGAUGUAGUUUUAACAUCUCAUAUAGUCUAUUAUUACAACUAUGUGCAAUAGACUUUUACUUUUUUUCCGAGGGUGGAUAUAUACUUUCUAGAUUGUUUACUAUUUUUGUAGUUGUAUUCCGAUUUCGAGGGUGGAUAGAUACUUUCUAGAUUGUUUAUUAUUUUUGUAGUUGUAUUUCAAGAGAACAAAUAAAAUGAAUGUGGCUCUGCUUUCCUAUCUU